AUGAUCAAGGAACAGAAGACAGUCUACUAUACAACUGUUCUAGCAAAAACAAGAAAGGCUCCAGAUGACAUUGGCAAACAGCUGGUAAACGUAUUGAAGAAGUCAGCAGACGAGAGAAGACAAAAUGAAAAACAAUCUCUUGAAGAUCGGCUUUUCUUGAUGUCUCUGGUUGAGAAUUUCAACCAUAUUCCACAGCACAGCGAACCUUCAGCAAAGCGCCAGAUACUUUUGGUAAUCGAACAACACCAAUCAGGAGAUUUGAAGAACAUGGGCCACUGUCAUCAGGGAUCUUCACAAAGCCUUCGAUUUUUGGGCAACAAACAGAUCCUAUUUAUGGUGGAUACGACCAGGGAAUCUACCAGCAGGGAUCUUCAAUAG